UGCCGUCAGUUGGCAGUCUCCAAAAACCCAACCCCUCUGCGCGCAGCGAUAUUUCAUCUCAGACUCCACCAAGUUAUGACUCGAGAGCUCGCCAGACAACAGAACUUGGUGUCGGUGUUGCGAAUGGUUUGUGGGUACAGACUGUAUCAUGUUGCCGGACUCCCUCCACUGUCUGUGUGUGUGUGUGUGUGAAUGUUAGAGCUUUUCGCUGUAAUGCGUAAAGAUCAGCGGGGAUUUAUGCAGACGGAGUCUACGCGCGCUUUAGUCAACAUGCACAUGUGCUUUUCUUACCACCACAGAUGAUAUGCUCACAUAAGGACGCUUUUCCAACUAACACCAGGAUUAAAAUCACUUCAAGGAAAACUUUGUUCCACUAAGUCUCCAACUUUCUGAGAACCAACAGGUGCGCUCCUCCUUUGCGCAGAAGCGGCAGGUCUGGAAGCCUUGGAAGUGGAUUGAGGGUGCAAUAAAUUAUACUUUUUCCUCCCCCAUGGACUGGUGGUUAUGAUUAUGUGGAUUCUACUCUGCGUGUAUCCUCUCCAAAUGUGCCCCAAACAGCACCGCUGUCCCGUAAACGACGCACAUGUGUGGUGAUACAGGACCGUCCUGUCUACAGCGCUUUGUGAUCGCCAACCACCACUCCAUCCAAAUGAUCCUUUCAUUACUACUCCUGCUUGCAUCGCUUCUCCAACAGUAUGGCUCGGAAGCUGAAUCAAGUCAUGUCAGCAAGUUUCACCUUCCAAGUGUAAAGGAGCAGAACGGAGUACAAAAUUCUAAUCAGGAGAAGAUCAUAACAGUGUCUGGAGAGGGAAUGGUCCAAAGCCCAGACUUCCCAAACACUUAUCCCAGGAACACUGAGCUGGUCUGGAGACUUGUGGCAAACAGUAACAUGAGGAUCCAGCUCACCUUCGAUGAGAGGUUUGGUCUGGAGGACCCUGAAGACGGCAUAUGCAAGUACGACUUUGUGGAGAUAGAGGAUCCGACUGAGAAGACCAUCGCGGGUCGCUGGUGCGGCUCACAGUCGGCGCCAGCCGGUCACACUUCCAAAGGCAGUCAGCUCCGCAUCCGCUUCAUCUCUGACGAGUACUUCCCCUCUGCGCCGGGAUUCUGCAUCCGCUACUCCCUCCUGCCUGUGAGCGAAUCAGAACCCGAGGUCCCCGCGGCUCUCCCUUCAUCCCAGCAGGGUAUCGAGGAGCUGUCAGACGCUGUUGCAGGACUUGGCUCCGUGGAGGAGGUCAUGAAGUACCUGGAGCCGGAGCGAUGGCAGGUGGACAUGGACGAGUUGUACAAACCUACAUGGCAUGUGCUGGGGAAGUCCUUCGUCCUCAAUAAGAAAGCCAAAGGAGGAGCCGAUCUCAAUCUGUUGCGGGAGGAAGUUCGGAUGUACAGCUGCACUCCCCGUAAUUUUUCUGCACCCUUGCGUGAAGAGCUGAAGAGGACAGAUGCCAUUUUCUGGCCGAGCUGCCUCCUGGUGAAGCGCUGUGGUGGGAACUGUGCCUGCUGCUCUCACCACUGCUACGACUGCCAGUGUGUUCCCACCAGGAUCACAAAGAAAUACCACGAGGUGCUACUGCUCAAACACAGAAGCGGCAGCAGAGGCCUGCAGAAGUCGUUGACCGACGUGCCCUUGGAGCACCACGAGGAGUGCGCCUGCGUGUGUAAAGACGACUCGGACUGACCUCGAACAUGUGUGAUAGCUGCCACUGGAGCAACACAGGACGUUAAGAAAAUGAACCUCCGCCGCCGCUGUUGCAGAGCUCUGCGUCUCAUCUGUUUUUCCACCGGGAGUUAACAAGAUUCUCCCUUUUAUCCUGUUGUCCUUUUGCUAAGUGGAUUAAGCAGAGCAGACUGGAAUCUAAUAAAUCUCCUGAAUGGAUUUGACUGCUGAUGUGGAAUACCAAUCGUGUUUUCUGUGGGUGAAUUUAAAAGUGAAGCAGCUCUGGACUGUUACCUGUGAGGUCAGGAGAAGACUAUAUUCUCCAGCUGCUCUGAGAUAAGAACACUGGGGCGGCUUUUUCUUCUUCUUGAGGUCUUUUAUUUUUUUAAAGUUCAGCUGGCGUGGGCUGAUACUGUCAUGGAAAAUGGGAGCUUCUUUGUUCAAGUACUUUUUUUAUGUCUAUAAAUGAGCUGGCUGCAGCUUGCCUUACUCCCCCAGCCCCUCUAUUAUUACCAUCAAGGCGCAAAAAAGGUGCUUAUCCACGAGCCGUAUUCCUUUGCUCCCCUCAUUGUUGUCGCCACAGAUUUAAUCUGAAGCACAGUCUUAGCCUCACUGAAAAGCCUUUCUAAUAAGAUUGUUCUAUGUGUAAAUAUGUCUUUUACAUCGCUUUUCUAUACUGUCGUGCCUUUUCUACCAAAGACUCUCUCUCGAGGAGGAGAUCAGGGUUGCACACAGAAUCAGUUUCUUUCAACCCAUCUUUGCAUCAUCACUUCAGCCUUCUUUAAGAAUGCCUAGCGUUAAGCACGUCUUACUGCGUUUGAGAUUGUUUGUGUUAAAUAUUUAUUUGCUAAAAGAAAGGGAAAGUUAGGUCCGAACGUCUUCUUUGCUCCAUGUGUCACUGUACAGUAGUUUUAGAGUUUUUCAUUGUUAGUCAUUUUUACAUCGUCAUGGAUAAUGGAUGUGUUUUUUUUCAUUUUCUGUAUGCCAAAGUUAUUUAUCUUUACUUUUUGCAAUAAUUGUUUGUGUAUUUCUUUUUUUUUUUCUGAAAGUCAAAAAUAAAUUCUUCCAUUUCUUACUGCA